AUGGAGGUGGAUGUGGAGGAGGAGAUGGAGGAAGAGAUGGAGGUGGAUGUGGAGGAUUAUGUUGAAGACAUGGAAGUGGAUGAGAAGGGUGAGGAGGAGGAGGACAUGGGACACGGCAGCAUGAAGGCGGUGGCCGCCCUCCUCCUGGUGGGGAUGCUCAUCCUCUGGGCAGAACUGCCAACAGGCAGCGCCUGGUCCUGCCCGCCCGUCCGCUUCACCUGCGCUAUGCACAACCCGCCGAACCAGUGCCUCAUCGACCGGCACUGCCCCCGCGGCAAGAAGUGCUGCCGGUCCUUCUGCGGGAGGAAGUGCAUCUCCAAGCCGCCCUCCAUCCCCGUCUCCUACGUGUGAGCUCCGGCUUCCACGAUACACUGAGGGUCACCUCAGCAUUCCCAUCCCAGCUCAGCUCCAGGAUCACUCCGUGACAGCUGCUGCACUGUGCUCUGUGCCACCCGCUUCCUCUCUCCCUCACUGCUCUUUUAACAAAUAAAAAAGGCUUUUCCUAA